AUGCAGGAUAGAGGAGCAGGUGGAGAAGAUAACAAAACUAAAGGAAACCUGAACUGGGAGGAAACUAAGAAAUACAAACGCAGGGAGAAACACAGGAACAAAACAGGAGCAAAAACAGUUCAGGAGGCCUGCCAGGAAAGCCACACGGGAGGCGGCACUGUUCAGGGGGUCGUCCUGGCCACGGAGCAAGACGAGAGGAUAGAGACCAAAGAUGGGAGCAAGGCACUGCAGGUGGAUGACUGGCUGGCCAUUGACACAGAUGGAGGAGCCCAAGGCAAUGAUCAGGGAAGCGCAACAGCAGUAACGCUAUUUGAUCACGGUCAGAUUCACAAAGAAGCCGAAGCUAAAUCACUCAGACUGAGUGUGACAGCAGACUGUGGUCUGCAUAUAAAGAAGGUCACAGAUCAGCAUGUUGGUCAGUACAGCUGCAGACAGGUCAUAUCAGGAGUACAACAAAGCCCAGACUCCCACGUUCAUCUGUAUGUUAUUCAAAUAAUCGAACAAAAGAGCAAUGAUGGGGUCAGCUUGUUCUGCAAUGUGCAGACACGUGAACAUUGCAGGUACACAGUGGAGUGGCUGUAUGAGGGUAAAGAGAACAUAACCUCAGAGAUGGAGAUGUCACCGGGUUCCUGCUCUGCCACUGUGACAUUAUCAGUAACUCUCUUUAAUCAGAAGUCAAAGAUUUUUGAGUCACUGAAGUGUAAAGUGACAAAUGAUCACACUAAAGAAGUUGAGCUGUUUCCCUUCAGUCAUCAGUCCUCAGGUGACAAAACAGGCGGAGACGCAACAACAACAACAACAACAACAAUAAAAUCAACAGCAACAAAAUUAACAACUAAACCAACAUCAACUAUAAGAAGUGACGGGACAUCCUCAGAUGGUUGGUCGUGGUGGUAUAUUGCUGCUCCUGUGGGUCUGGCGGCACUUACAGUGAUUGCUGCGGUCAUAAUCAGACAGACGGCAAUAAAAGGAAAUAAAAGGCAGAAGGAAGAAAACACAGCUAAAGCUGAAGCUGGUGAUUACUACACCUCCAUCAGCUUCUCCAAGAAGACCAAAAAUGAAGCCCAGGUUCAGAGUGACACUGCUGAUGAAGGUGGCGCUGUGACUUACAGCACUGUGAACGCUUCGUCCUCUUCUGCUGGAGUUUUCUGUGAUCCCAGCAGCUUCUACUCCACUGUCAACAUACCAAAGAAAUAA